AUGCAAUUCUUAUGCCUUAGACACCCUCAUGCCCAGCCACUUCAUCCUGUGACAUGCAACUUUAUGCCUUCGGCAACCCCUUCAUCUUCGGCACCCUCGUGCCAAGUUCUCUCCCUUCCAAAUGUCCUUCUUACCCAGGGACUUGAGGGACUAUGGGCAGUGCACUAUAUAGCUUGGAAGAUGAACUAUGGCGUUGCUCGGCCAGUGCACUUAAAAUUACAAGUCCCCAACCAAGAAGUACCUUCUUACUCGCAAACUUGGGGGACUGCUGUUGGUACCGUAACUAACCGAGCAACUAGCUUGGCUAGAUCAUCCACGUGCCAUUCUUUGAGAGGUCAUCACCUUAGCCAAAGAAGCAUUACCACAAGUUACAACUCUAAGCAAAGCAAGAGGAGUCCCACAUCGAAAAACUACAAGAAGUGA